CCGUCCGUUGCCACCACCACCACCAUUGCCCACCACCUGGCCGACAUUUUGUACCAUGGAGGAACGUGAGCCAGAGCAGUUCCGCAAACUGUUCGUUGGAGGGCUUAGCUUUGAGACGACAGAAGAGGGCCUCCGGCAGUACUUUGAGCAAUGGGGAAUCCUCACCGACUGUGUGGUCAUGAAGGACACACAAUCCAAGCGGUCGAGGGGCUUUGGCUUCGUGACCUUUUCGAGCAUGUCAGAGGUUGACGCAGCAAUGUCUGGCCGGCCUCACAAGAUCGAUGGGCGAAUGGUGGAGCCGAAGCGGGCAGUGUCACGAGAGGACUCGAUGCGACCUGGAGCUCACUUGUCUGUUAAGAAGAUCUUUGUUGGUGGAAUCAAUGAUACCGAUGAAGAACAUUUGCGAGAUUACUUUGAAAAGUAUGGGAGGAUUGAGAUUGUUGAAGUUAUGACGGAGAGGGAAUCUGGAAAAAAGAGAGGCUUUGCCUUUGUUACCUUCAAUGACCAUGACCCCGUGGAUAAAAUUGUUGUUCAAAAAUAUCACACCAUCAACGGACACAACUGUGAAAUCAGAAAAGCCCUUCCCAAGCAAGAGUUGCAAAAUUACGGCAGAGGCCGAGGAGGAUUUAACAGAGAUUUUGGUCCUCCUGGUGGAAGGGGCGGUGGUUUUGGUCGGGGAAAUUACGGAGGCGGAGAUUUCAACGGUUGUGAUGGUGGAAACUUUGGCGGCGGAGGAGGUGGUGGAUAUGGUGGGGGCGGUAGAGGCGGUUUUGGCGGCGGUGGCGGCUAUGGCAACCAGGGAGGUGGUGGCUAUGGAGGAGGAGGAGGGGGCUUUGGUGGUGGUGGCGGCGGCGGCUUUGGGAACCAAGGAGGAGGAGGCGGAAGCUAUGGUGGUGGUGGUGGAGGAAACUACCAAGGAGGUGGUGGUGGUUAUGGUGGACAUGGUGGACAUGGGGGUGGUGGUGGUGGUUAUGGAGGGAGUGGACAUGGGGGUGGUGGUUAUGGGGGUGGAGGACAUGGAGGUGGGGGUGGGGAGGUGGGUACGGGGGUGGACAUAGUGGUGGACAUGGUGGUGGACAUGGUGGGGGGUGGACAUGGUGGGGGUGGUGGUGGACAAGGCGGCGGGGGUGGGCAUGGGGGUGGCAAUUAUGGUGGUGGCGGUGGAGGCAGCGGAUAUGGAGGCGGAGGCAGCGGAUAUGGAGGCGGCGGGAGCUACAGCGGUGGAGGAGGUGGCUAUAACCAGCACGGCGGCGGCGGGGGCGGCGGCGGCGGCGGCAACUACGGUGGUGGUUGCGAUGGCGGAGGAUAUAGAAGUGGACGCAACCGAUAUUAGAGCUGCUUCAUUUCCCCCCGAAAGGCAUCCAAUGUACCA